AUGGAGAGAAUUUAUAAUGCCAAGAGGUGCCCGGACGAAAAUCGCUUGGCAUUCACGGAGUAUCUGCUAACUGGGGAAGCAAGCCACUGGGGGACGAGCAUGAAGGCUAUUUUGGCGGACGCUCACAGUCCCAUCUCUUGGGAAGUUUUCAGAAGUAAAUUCUAUGAAGAAUAUUUCCCAGACAGCGUUCGUUUCGCCAAGGAAGUGGAGUUCCUUCAAUUGGUACAAGGUGGGAAAUCUGUAUCGGAGUACACCAAUACGUUCAAGCACUUAGUGAGAUUCAAUACUAUGGUUACCAGUGAAGAAUGGCAGUGUCGGAAGUUUGAGAAUGGGCUGAGGAGUGAUCUGAAAGUGCUGAUAUCCAGCCUUUGUAUUAAGUCGUUUCCUACAAUGGUUGAGAGGGCCAAAGUAUUGGAAAAGAAUGUGGCUGAAGUGGAGCAGCAGAAGAAGCAACAACAAGCAACUAGGGGACCGAGUCUGUUCAGGACAAAUCUGAAUCGAGGUAGGACGCCGUACGCUCGUCCAGCACAGCCAUCAAAUUCAAAUGGGUCUCAAGCUAUGGUUGUUGCCGGACAGUCUGUACAGCAUGGGGCAGUCAGAUGUUUUCAGUGUGGCGGACCUCAUUACAAGUCGUCAUGCCCUCAGUUGGUGGGAGUGAAAUAUUGCGCUCGCUGUAGGAGAACUGGUCACCUGGAGAGUGAAUGUAAUAUGGGCGAACGAGCGGUCAUGAGGCCACCAAAUACUGGAAGAGUUCCUCAAG